CCCACAUGAGCUCUUGCAGCCCCUGCUCCGUCCACGACGAGAAGCCCGCAAGCUAUUGGCAGCCAGCCUCGGCACCUCUUGACUUCACUGCAUAGCAGCUAGCCCAUCUGUAAGAGUGGAGCCAGGUCAUUGCGUCUCUAUUGUUUGCCCGACAGCUGUGCCCUUUCGUUUAUCUACUGAGUGGUUCCCCCUGAUCUGCUAUCUUUCUUUGUGCCGGCCACUAAUCGUCAUCGCCUCGCGAGUUGUUUGUUUGCCCACGCUUCAAUCCGUCCACAAGUGGCAAGUCCCCGUUGAACUAUUAAAAGCUCUCAAAAUGCACAACGACGUGAGAAUGAGAGAAGUCUCUCGCCAUACCCAGGUCUACUUGCCCAGCGCCUGUCUCCGGGCCUAAAGCUAACAUGAGUUCCAAACAGCCCAAUGAUGAGUGGAAGCUCGAACAGGGCAUGGCUCCGGCUGAGCUGCCGCUCCUUGACCUGACCAUACCGCCGGAGCAACGCUUCCAGCAGGUCGAAGCCAAAUCCAAGGGCAGCAAGGUCGACCAAGCCCAGGACAGCAGCAGCGAGGAUGAAGAGGACGCUGCUAAGGCCGACGAUAUCGCGGCAGAAGAAGACCCUGAUGUUGUCUUUGCCGAAGAGCGCGAGGGAUGGCGUGGAUACAUCGAAUGGGAAGAUUACCCCGAGAAGAAGGCCAAAGCACAUAAGAUCUUGAUAAAUAACGACUUCCCACCACCACCCGAAUUCCAACUCGGUCCCAUUCCAGACACCAACCCGGUCCUCGAAGGUGUGCGCUGGAAAAUGUGGCACAAAGCCAUCGGCGGACCCUUGACCUCUGUCCCCGAAGAAUCAUGGCUUCGCGUCAUCCAAGAAAAGCACCCGGACAUGCUUCACCUGCUCCAGUUUCCCUACAACGGCGAACCACCCAAACGACUCGUCACGGCGAAACCCGUCACGCCCAACCCACUGCAUUUCAUCCGCAACCACGGCGGCAUUCCCGACAUUGACGCGGACAAAUGGGAACUCAAACUCGACGGCCUGGUCAAGACGCCGCGCACGUUCACCCUGGCCGAUCUCCAGAAUGAAGAAAUCUUCCCACGCAUGGAGAGGCUCGUGACCAUCCAAUGCAGCGGGACCCGCCGGAUCGAGCAAAUACAAUUGUACGCGGGCGAGGGGGACGAAAUGAUCAACGCACCCUGGGCGGAAGGGGCAAUCGGAACGGCUCGAUACGUCGGGGUCUCGCUGAAAAAGGUCAUCAAGCAAUGCGGCGGCAUGGCCGAAGGUGGCAAACAUCUCGAGUUCUACGGUGCCGACACGUACUUCAAGCAGAAAGAGGUGCAAAACUAUCUCGUGUCUGUGCCGUGGUCGAAAGCCAAGGCCAACGAGGUCAUGCUCGCGUGGGAAAUGAACGGCGAGCCGCUGCCCAAGAUCCACGGGUAUCCCGUGCGGUUGGUGGUGAUGGGAUACAUUGGCGCCCGGAGCGUCAAGUGGGUGUACCGCAUCAAGGCGCUGGAUCGGCCGUCGCGCGCCCCCGUCCAGAGUAAGGAGUACUUGUACUUCAACCAGCAGGUGGGCAAGCACAACCAAUUACCCACGUUGGGGAUCCAGAUCCAGGAGAUGCCCGUGAGCAGCGCGAUCAUGUCCCCCUGGGUCAAGCAGGUCGUCGUGCACGAGGGCAAGAUCGACGUCAAGGGCUGGGCGUACAGCGGCGGCGGGCGCUGGCCGGAGCGCGUCGAGGUCAGCGCCGACGGCGGGUUUAGCUGGUACGCCGUGCCCAACGAGAACAUGUCCCCCAAGCACAAGUGGGCCUGGCGUACCUGGGAGAUGAACGUCCCCUGCGAUGCCGAGGGCUGGAUCGAGCUGGUCGUGCGCUGCUGGGACAACAGCAUCAACACGCAGCCGCUCGACGUGCGCAGCGCGUGGAACUGGGGGUUGCAUGUCACGAGUAGUUGUCACCGGGUCAAGAUCUACAGCGUCAACAGGGCCAAGGAGCUCACGAGGAAGAGGUUGGAGGAGUUUGCCAUCCACGGGGAGAGUCUGGUCCCGUUGACGCGCCCCGCCGAUUUCCCCAUCAUGAACAGCAACGAGUAUGAUGAGUUUUGGGCAAAAACCGAGCCCAGGGAUGUGGAUGAUUGAAUUGGUCGUUCUUGUUGUAAGCACGGCCGGGCCGGGUGGUGACUGGUCGGUAGGUAGGUAGGUAGGUAGGUAAUGAGGACGAGAGUAAUGAAAUGGUUUUUGCGCAUAGUAAAAUAACUUAGUACCAGCGUGGCGAGAGAAAAGGAAGGCUGCUGAACCGGGGUGGUUCCUAGCUGAAAGAUCUGGAUUCAGUCCUUCCCAGCCAGCCUCGUGUGUACAAGUUCGCCGGAGGAAGCUCGG